CCCACUGGUUGUAGAGUCCGGCAAAGUGUCGAACUGAAGACCGAAGUGAAGAGGAAGUGCUUUUUUUAAAGAAUGGAAAUAUAAGAAGUGAGACUUUAAGCUUGGUACAGCGGAGCAGAGGGAGAAGCCAGCCAUGCCCGCCCAACCCCCUGUGCGGGAGCCGGAGGAGGAGAUGGAGGCAGAAGGAGAGUCCCAACUCCCUGAGGCCAACGGAGAGGUGGAGCAACCAAGAGAUAACGAACGAGGAGGAGAGGAGACCAUGGAGGAGAGCACGGAGGAGAGGGACAGUGACUUGGAUGAGACGGAAGAGGAGGAAGAGGAGGAGGAGGAAGAGGAGAGUUCAGAGAUGGAUGAUGAAGACUGUGAGCGGAGGAGAGGGGAAUGUCUAGAUGAGAUGUUGGAUCUGGAAAAACAAUUUCAGGAGCUGAAAGAGAAGUUGUUUCGGGAGCGGCUGAACCAGGUCAAAGUGAAGCUGGACGAGGUGCUGACGGGGAAGGCUGGAGAAUACAGAGAACCACUGGCUGCACUACAGAACAGCAUGCAGAUACGAACACAAGUGGCUGGAGUGUACAGAGAGCUGUGUCUACAGGUGAUCAAACACAAAUACGAGUGUGAACUACAAGGAGCAAGGCAGCACCUGGAGAGCGAACAGACGUUGCUGUUUGAUGCCAUGAAGACAGAACUGCUGGAAAAGAUACGGAGACUGGAGGAGGACAGACAGAAUAUAGACCUCACCUCAGAAUGGAGUGACGAGAUGAGGAGCAAGAAGUGUAAAAGAAAGAACCUGCUGGGUCGGUCGGAGAGGAAAAAGAAAGUAGCUCUGGUUUCAGGGCCUUUCAUUGUCUACAUGUUGAGAGACAUUGACAUCCUCGAAGACUGGACUGCUAUCAAGAAGGCAAAAGCAGCACUGUUGCCACUAAAGAAGAAAGUUGAAAAGCGGUGAUGAUAGGAGCAUCUCAUUGAAGACCAGUGAUGAUAGGAGCAUCUCAUUGAAGACCAGUGGCAAAGAAACCAAACUUAACACACACACAUUCCCAGCUACUUCCACUAACAGUUACGGUUUGUCUCCUUUGAUCCCAGCAACCCCACUGCUUGUUUGUUAUCUAUUGCUAUUUAAAAUAAGUUCUUAAUGAUAUGACAACCAUGUAUUUAUAGAAUGAUUUAUAAGGGUGAUUAAAAUUUUAAUCUUUUGUGACACAAGGUUUUGCA